AAGAGAUUUCUUAUGAGAAUUACGGUAUUCUGAGGCUCUUGCUCCUUCACAGGUGACACGAUACACACCUGAGCAACAUCGCAUCACAGGUCUGUUAUGUCUGGCUGGUUGAAGGACGGGGUGGUGUUGGAGGGGACAGGCAGUGGUCAGAUGUCGCCCCGCUCAAGUCUGCGGAGCCCCUUACCGAGUCGGACGGCGAGGUUACACUCGUCAAACGAUGCAACCUCUCCUGACUCAGACAGACAGGACAGAAUGAGCAAAGCUAAAGAGCUCUUUGAGCUGUGUGAUAAAGAGGGGAAAGGAUUCAUCACGAAGAGAGACAUGCAGCGGCUUCAGCAAGAGCUUCCUCUGUCUCCUGAGCAGUUGGAAUCAGUGUUUGAGAGUUUAGACAGAGACAGAAAUGGUUACCUCACACCCCUUGAGUUCCACACGGGCCUAGGAGAGCUUGUUGGUUCUGAGCCGGAGGAGAGAGCGAAGAGUGGAGAUGGAGAGAUGGUCAGAGAAGAGAGAGUAGAGCCGAUGGAGAUCCGAUUCACACAAAUCCUCAUGGAGCUGGGAGCUGAUAAACUCUUCAGAGAUCAGUGGGAGCUGUGUAAUCUGUGGUGUGAGCUCCAGAGGGACAAACCUGAGCUGCUGGGUGUUUUGGAAGAGGUUCUUUCCUACACUGUGUCUCACCUUCAGGAUGCACUCAAAGAGAGAGACAAUUUAGAACAGGCACUGCGCAGGAGAGAGGAAGAUCAUGACAGAGUGGUUCGGUCCAUGUAUGAAGACAUGGAGAGUCAGUUAAAAGAAGAGAGAGAGAAAAGACAAGCUCUGGACAGCACAAAGCAAGGAGACAAGAAAGAGCAGCUACUACAGGAACUGAGGAUGCGAGAACAAGAACUUGAGUUCACGCUCACCAAACAGAGAGAGUUAGAGAGCAGGAUCAACAGUCUAAGCACUGAUCAGACUGACACUCGUGGGGAGAACCGCCGACUGCAGAACAUCAACCAGCAGCUGCAGGACCAACUGGACCAGAGCCGAGAAGAGCUCCAGCACGCUCUGAGCCAACUACAACAACUACAGAACACCAUCAAACAACAGCAGAAGGGCAAAGAGAGAGACAUCCUGAAAGUGUCCCGAAACAUGCAGAAGGAACGGGAAAGCCUCAUGAGACAGCUGGAUCUUCUCCGAGACAUGAACAAGCGUCUUCGGGAUGAUAAAGAUGCCCAUCAAACACAGAAGAUGACAGCUCAAAUGAAGAACCCUUUGCAGAGGAAGGAAUCCAUACUGGGGAACUAUUUUCCACCAAAGAAAUCAGCAAAAAGGCAGUUAAUGGAAAACCCAAAUGAUGAGCCUGAGGAUUCAGACAGCUCGCUAACAGAUUCAAGUCCGAAAAGACUCUCUAUAGCUGAAGAGAGAGAAGACCAAACUACCUGCCAGUCAGAGAAAACCACGGAAAACCUCCAGAGCACAUUGCAUGACCCGCAGCGUGUGUUCAAGGUGGUGUUUUUGGGGAACUCCGCUGUGGGAAAGAGCUCAUUCAUCCAUCAAUACUGCAGCGGCCACUUCCCCAAUAACUUGGCCUCAACUGUCGGAAUGGAUUUUCAGGUCAGGAGCGUGAUGCUUGAUUCAACACCAGUCGCUCUGCAGCUGUGGGACACCGCUGGGCAGGAGAGGUUCCACAGCAUCACGCAGCAGUACUUUCGCAGGGCGGACGGAAUCAUCGCUAUGUAUGACCUCACGCAUGAGGCGUCAUUCACGGCUGUCUGCCAUUGGUUGGAUCAGGUGCAGGAAAAUAUGGCUGAGGGGGCGUGUCUGAUGUUGCUAGGCAAUAAGACAGACCUGGUGACGGCAGACAGGAGGGAGGUGACAAGAGCACAAGGCCGCAGACUGGCGGAGCAGUACCAGGCUGCGUUCUAUGAAUGCAGUGCUAAGAGUGGACAGCAGGUGGAGGAGGCCAUGACCCACCUGACCAGGUUACUCGCCUCACAGGAGGACAAGCAGUGCGAGUCUGUGCUCCGUCUGCACGUCUCUGCCAACAGAGGGCGCUGCUGCAGAUAACUGGAGCGUCACUUCAGAAUUCAGCGACGACUUGGCUCAUGAAUAUUAAUUACG